AUGAGUGGAUGCCAGUGGACAACCAAUGACUUAAAGAAGGAAAUGGAGAUGAUGCAAACUUUGCUGCUGGCAAGGCCUGCUUUGAAUGAAGAAGGGAAGAGACAAAAAAUCAUAGAGCAGCUCCAAGCCAAGCUGAAGCAAAUGCUCCCCUUGCAGCCUUCCCAGUUGGUGGAGCUGUAUGACUUCCUCAGUCAGAGCAGGUUGCCCACUGAUGUGGUGAAUGGUCUCACCAGCAUGUUGGAUGACAACUCUACAGUUGCCAUGGAAACUACAAGGCAACAUGCUGUCCCUCAGUGCUGUGAUUGCCUGGACCAGUACCUCAACCAGGCUGACAUUGCCACCUUGAAGAGUGUGGAUAUGUGGCAUGGGUGCACAGUACUCUCCAAAAGAUUGAGGCUUCUGGGUGUCAGAAACCUGAAGGAGAGUACAAAGAAGGCUGCAGUGGCCAUCUUGGUCUUUUUUGAAGCUGAAAGAAGUGCAAUCCCUCCUCCAGACUCCAUCUAUGUCUUGUCCCAGCACUUUCAGACCUCCUUCUUGACACAGAAUGUGGAGGUGCCCAGCAAGGCUGUUAGCUUGGCUGUCUACCCCAACAGUCCAAGUGAACUUAGCAAGGAACAUUUGAAUGCUUGCUAUGGAGACCAGCCACCUGUGCCACAUCAGUUUCCAGGACUAGCCCAGAUUUUGAAGUUCCAUGCACCAGCUUGUGUGGGUGAACAACAGGCUGCUUCUUCUGGGAGCCUGGCCACCUGCAAGCCAGAGAAUGACAUGAGCCAGGGGAUGCAGUUCUUGGCCAGGCUGUUGAUGAAUGUAGGUGCAGGGAUGAACACUGGCAGCUUCAAGCCUGGCACAGGUGCUUCACAGGAUGUGCAAGUCCAAUUGCUGGGCAAGGCAGGAAUGGGUAGCCAGCCUCAAGCCAAAACCCUUGCUUUGCAAGAUGCACCUCCCCUUCCAGUGGAUGAUGCAAAGCAUGAACAAUGCACUGGACCUGUUCAUGCACCUGCAGCCCAGCAGAAGAAAGAGGCUGACAAUGACAUGGGCUUGGAGGCAUGUGAAAAGGAAGCUUUUGAGAAGCUGAAGAACAGGAAUGUGAUGAAAAGACCUGCAGCUCAGCAGAAGCCUGAAGCUAAGACCAUGCCUGUCAAGAAGCAAAAGGUGAAGCCUGCAAGCAACUUGAAGCUUGGAUGUCGAAAAUGCAGAGG